UGUUUGAUUAUGUUAUAGGUAUUAAUGGUGGUUGUUUCUACUUUGCAGACCUUAAUCAAUAUGGCCUACUGCAUACUCAUCCUACUGGGCACCCUAAUCCAGCGCCUUGUUUUUGGGGAGCUCAGGGUGUCUGAGCAACAGCACAUCAAAGACAAGUUCUGGAAUUUCGUGUUCUACAAAUUCAUCUUUGUCUUUGGCGUCAUGAAUGUACAGGCCAUGGAUGAAGUGGUGCUUUGGUGCUCCUGGUUCAGCGUCCUGGGUUUCCUGCACCUCCUUGCACAACUCUGCAAAGAUCGCUUUGAAUAUUUAUCCUUCUCGGCCACAACUCCGCGCAGGACGCAUGUGCGGCUCUUGGGGCUCCUGGGCAUUAUUCUUACCCUGGCAACUUUCUGCCUGUUGAUCUGCGUUGUUGUGGGAUGUCAUUCGGGCAUAAACACAUUUGCUUUCAUGGUGGCGGAGUGUAUACUCUUGAUAGUGAGAACCCUGUAUGUGAUAACCCGGUACAGCAUCUAUUUAUGGGACAUCACCCACGAGGGACUUUGGGAGAAGAGAGGGAGGUAUGUGUACAUGACGGAGCUGGUUUUCGAACUAAGCGAGCUGGUGAUCGACAUGGUGCAUCAUAUCCACAUGUUGGUAUGGGGGAAUAUGUUCCUGACAAUGGCUUCUCUUGUGAUAUGUAUGCAGCUGCGACUCCUCUUCUACCAGCUACAGCACAAAGUCAAAUCACACAGGAACUACCUUAGGGUGCUCCAGCUCAUGAACAUGUACCCAGAAAUUUCUGGCAUGGACAUUCUGUCAGAAGAGAGCACAUGUGCCAUAUGCUGGGAGCAUCUAGAAACAGGCAGGAGACUACCUUGCACACACCUUUUCCAUGCCUCUUGCCUGCUGGCAUGGCUGCAUCAAGAUCUCUCAUGUCCAACAUGCAGACACAAAUUGCACAAACCAGAACAGAAUGAAGUUGCUUCUCUGUCUGGAACACUUCUCAAUGGGCUUUUACCUGCUGGAGAGGAGAAUGACCUUAGGGAUGACAGUGGUGUAGGAGAGGUUCCUCAUGGCGCUGGAGGUGCAUUCCCUUCUCCUGCUGCCCCUGAGGUAAAAACUCCACCAUAA